AUGACAGUUACAUAUGUUACGGCUGGGCCGGAAGAACCGAAUCCUUUUACUACCGAGGACUUCGAAGGGGGAUAUAUCCCUAAACCACCUCCACCGCAGCCACCUACACAAACGGUGAAUUUAACGAUAAAUAAUCAAGGAUCCUUACGGCAAAUCAACAAGCAACUCAAUGUAGGCUGUGCAGUGUUUUUCUUGUAUGUCUACGGCGGAAUGGACUUGGCUCACAGUUCCGGUUGGAAUCAGACCCUCAACACCACUACUGCCACACAGAGUUUCAAAUGCAGUUGGUUCAUUGGAGUUUUGGCUGGAGCUGCAGUGGCCUCCAUGGCCAUGACCUUCCUCCCAAAGUUACCCUUCUACGUCCUUGGAGGUCUUAUGCAGCUUACUGGAUCUAUUAUUUUCACUUGUGCCCCCUUUGAUUACGGAUGCCUUAUGGCCGCUCGCUAUGUAGCCGGUGCUGGGAUUGGACUGAUCACCGUUCCGUUUCUCAUCCAUAGCGCCGAAGUGGCGUCGGACAAUUAUCGCGGUGCUAGCGGAUCAAUGGAGCAGUGCGGGCUCGCUUUAGGCAUUGCCAUUCAGGUCAUCUAUGACACUCAAUGGGUGGAUGACAAGGAGGCAUCUGUCAACGAGGUUCACGGGAUCAUAGGAAUUGUGUUUUCCAUACUUGGCCUGGGAAUGACAGCGCUCUCGAUUGAGUCACCGAUCUUCCACUUGCGGCGUAACCAGAAGGAGAAGGCCCGCGAAUGCCAUGAUAAGCUUUUAGGAAGUUUCAACAACUCAGUGGAUCAGACGUUCGAGGAGGCCAAUCUCUACGUGACGGAGAGCCAGAAUAGAACGUUUUUCCAGGAGCUUUGGAUCUCUGUGGUGCCCUUUGUAAAAGUACUGCUCUUCCGCGGCUUCGUUGCCUUCUCAUUUUCCAUGCCCCUGUCCGAAUCCCUUAUUAAGAGCACUCUCCUGACCGAGGGAUAUAUUUCCUGCUGGCCAGUGACCCUUUGGGGAUUGGUCCGAUUGCUUGGAGCACUAGUGGCCCAAAGUUUUCUGGACAAGAUCGGACGCAAGCUCAUAUCGCUCGUGGGUCUGCUCUGCAUGGCUAUCCUGAUGAUUUGCAUGGCUGCCUCCUAUGCAAAUCCAACGAAUGUGCUCCUUACCUACUACAUGAACCAGGUAUGGAAACUAGGAGUGGCUUUCCAGGCUGUCGCAGGACUCUUCGUUUGCAGCUCUUCGGUGUAUAUGGGCGAGGCAUUCCCCAUGAAGGUGAAGCCUCUUCUUGUGGGAUACAUUGUGGGAUUUGAACAGACGGUCCAUAUCAUUGAUAUUGUUGGCUAUAACCGGGGUGCCGAGACUUUCUUCUAUCAUUACUAUUUGUCUGUGGGAAUCAUUCUGUUUGUUGGCGUUAUUAUCUUCGGGAUCGUGAUUCCAGAAACAAAGAAAAUUACUCUGAGAGAGGCUAGAAAGCGAUUCAAUAGAUUGCACAACAUAAGGCUUUUCUAGUAUUUUUACAAAAUGCAAAUAAGUUGAAAAAUCUAUACCAAAAUAAAGCUGAUUUGCUGCC